AUGAGAGAAUGGAAAGAAGUUAUUUGGAUAUUGUCCGUUUUUGUAUGUUCAGUUCUUUCCUCUCCGUGCAAUUCUAAAAUCUACGAUGGCGCAUUUAAAAAUUUGGUCUGCGUCUGCAAUGCUACUUCAUGCGAUGAAAUUGAACCAAUUGGAGAGAUUGGUGAAGGAAAAGCAGUGGUGUAUAGAUCAACAUUGGAUGGUGAUAGACUUAAAAGAAUGAGUAUGAAAAUGGGACAAAAGUUGGGUAAAGAUGAAGUUGUGAAUGUAACAAUCUCGAUUGAUGCGAGUGAACGGUUCCAACAGAUUUUUGGAUUCGGAGGAGCUUUCACUGACUCCGCUGGUGAACAGCUUUUUGCGGUGUCUGAAAAAGUUCAAGAACAAAUUAUCAAUUCAUAUUUUGGAGAGUAUGGACUGGAAUAUAAUGUUGGCAGAGUUCCUAUAGCUAGUUGUGAUUUUUCAACUCAUGAAUAUAGUUAUGAUGAUGUUGGUGAAGAUUUUGAAUUGAAACAUUUCGGAUUAGCAGAAGAGGAUUUGAAGUUGAAGAUUCCUUUCAUUCAAAAAGCAAUUGAGAAGACGAAGGGAAAACUUCAACUAUUUGCCAGUCCUUGGUCAGCACCCGGAUGGAUGAAAACAACAGGAAGGAUGAGAGGUGGUGGAGCAAUGAGAAACGAUACGCGAGUUUAUGAAGCAUAUUCGAACUAUUUUAUAAAAUUCUUCGAAGCAUACUCAUCUCAUUCUAUUCCAUUUUGGGGACUUACAAUUCAAAAUGAGCCAUCGACAGGAGCCGAUAUGACAUGGAGAUGGCAAACUAUGAACUACACAGCCGAAACUAUGAGAGACUUUUUGAAAAACUAUUUAGGUCCAAAACUGAAAGGAAACAAGUUAACAGAAUCUUUGAAAGUAAUGAUUUUGGAUGAUGGAAGAGGAUUGUUACCUGGAUGGGCUGAUACCAUUUUCAAUGACACUGAAAGCACUAAAUAUGCCGAUGGAAUUGCUGUACACUGGUAUGGAAACUUGUACUCUCCAGCUGUAUUGCUAGAUAUUGCACAGAGACAUCACCCGGAUAAGUUUAUUUUUGGAACCGAGGCAUGUGCUGGUUAUGCCAUUCACCAUGGUCCUAUAAUGGGCGAUUGGUUUACAGCUGAAAACUAUGCUAGUGAUAUAAUCAGUGACCUAAAUCACCACUUCAUAGGAUGGACCGAUUGGAAUUUGAUACUUGAUGAGAAGGGCGGCCCGACUUGGGUCAACAACUUUGUAGAUGCCCCAAUUAUUGCUUGCGCUGGCUAUUUCGGCCAUCACGGCCCAAUCAUGGGCGACUGGUUCCGAGCGGAAAGUUAUGCAGAUGAUAUUUUAACCGAUCUUAACCAUCACGUCACUGGAUGGACUGAUUGGAAUUUGUGUCUUGAUGAAACGGGCGGUCCCAAUUGGGCAUACAAUGUGGUUGAUGCUCCGAUCAUUGUGAAUCGUACUGCGAAAGAGUUUUACAAGCAACCCAUGUUUUACGCAUUGGGACAUUUUAGUAAAUUCCUGCCACGUGGAUCUACUCGAGUAUUCACAAAAGUGGACGGAAACCUAGCAGUAUCUGCAGUGAGUGUGGUGAUUGAAGGAGGCCAGCGUGUUACAGUAAUGCUGUCAAAAUCUUCAAACUCUUUGCUCACUCGUGUGGUGGAUAGCGCAACUGGAUAUUCUCUUGUACUGACUUUACCGCCAAGAUCUAUUCAUACUGUCAUUUGGAAUAAAAGAAAAUAA